UACUUUCGUUUCUUUUUCUCGACAUGGUGUUAGUAACGUUAUAUAUUAGCGUUACGUGUUUUGUUUGAAUAGUCGACUAUACCUAAGCAAGGAUUAUCUUAAGAAGAGGAAAAUAUUUAAUUUUUAGUUUCCUUUGUAAAAAAUUGUUCUGACGAAUAAAAUGCCACCCAAAAACAGGAGAAAAGGUAACAAUAGUCAAAACAAAGGAAAGAAGAGAAACGGAAAUGGCAAAUCAAAGGAAAAAGCACAAACAGAAUCAAAUGAAGCUGUGUGUGAGUCCGUCAACGAGAACAGAGAUGGGUGUGCCUUAAAACAGCCACAAGAAGAUAAGAAGAAAUCCACUGGUGAUGGUACAGACACACACACACCAGAGCAGUCAGGUAAUAGAUCUCCAAGAGUCUCGGAAAAUACAAAUCUUGAACAGCAGUAUAAACCAGAGGGUCAAGAUGCGGAGAAUAUGAAUGUAAAUGAAAAUGUUCCAAGUAGGGAUACACAUGAAAUUAAGCAGUUUAGGAAAAAAUCUUCUGCAGAAGGUUAUAAACCAGAUCUUAGACAGCAGGAUAAACCAGAGGAUCAAGAUGCGGAGAAUGUGAAUGUAAAUAAAAAUGAUUCAAGAAGGGAUACACAGGCGAUUGGAAAGCUUAGCAAAGAAUCUUCUGCAGAAGGUAACAAACCAGAUCUUGAACAGCAGGAUAAACCAGAGGAUCAAGAUGCGGAGAAUAUGAAUGUAAAUGAAAAUGAUUCAAGUAGGGAUACACAGGCGAUUGAGCAGCUUAGCACAGAAUCAUCUGCAGAAGGUAACAAACCAGAUCUUGGACAGCAGGAUAAACCAGAGGAUCAAGAUGCGGAGAAUAUGAAUGUGAAUGAAAUUGAUUCAAGUAGGGAUACACAUGCGAUUGAGCAGCUUAGCACAGAAUCAUCUGCAGAAGGUAGCAAACCAGAUCUUGGACAGCAGGAUAAACCAGAGGAUCAAGAUGCGGAGAAUAUGAAUGUAAAUGGAAAUGUUCCAAGUAGGGAUACACAUGAAAUUAAGCAGCUUAGCAAAGAAUCUUCUCCAGAAGGUAACAAACCAGAUCUUGGACAGCAGGAUAAACCAGAUAAGGAUGAACAAGAGCAGUCUAGCAAUCAGACCUCAUCUGAAACAAAGAUAUCUGUUUCCAUAGAAAAUAAAGGGAAUAGUGUAACGGGGAAUAUGAACUUCAAUGAAUUUGAUACAGCUUUGCAUAAACUAGAGCCGUCUAGAAAUCGAGCUUCUAGUCACUCGGAUGGCACGGAUUCUGCACCUGGGGAUAAAACAGAGAAUCCAAUAAUUAAGAAAAUGGAUACAAAAGAGACCGAUUCAAGAAAGGAAACACAUGAGCAAAUGCAGCCUAGAAAUGGACCUUCUGCAGAAUCAAACAUAACAGGAGUUUUUAGACACUCAAAUAACACUGAUAUUUUCCAGGGAGAUAGAACAGAGAGUCAAGAUAUUAACAAUAUCAAUACAAAAGAGAGUCUCCCAAGUAGUGAAACACAAGAAACAGAGCAGCAUGGAAACGGCGCCUCUGCAGAUGUCGACAAAACAGGCAUUUUAGAAGACUCGGAUAACAAUGAUUCCGUAGACUGGGAUAAAACAGACAGUCAAGAAACUAACAAUAUCAAUACAAAUGGGAGUCUCCAAAGUAGAGAAACACAAGAGGAAAAGCAGCAUGGAAAUGAGGCUUCUGCAGUUGACGACAAAACAGGCAUGUUAGAAUACUCAGAUAAUUUUAGUUCUGAACAUGGUGAUUCUGAGCAUGGAGAUAGAACAGAGAGUCAAGAUACAAACAAUAUAAAUAAAAAUAAGAGUCCCCCAAGUAGUGAAACACAAGAAAAACAGCAUGGAAAUGAGGUUUCUGCAGAUGACGACAUAACUGGCAUUUUAGGAGACUUGGAUAACAAUGAAUCCGUAGGCGGGGGUAAAACAGAUAAUCAAGAUUAUAACAAUAUCAGAACAAAUGAGAGUCUUCCAAUUAGUGAAACACAAGAGGAAAAGCAGCAUGGAAAUUUAGACGGUGAAGGUCCCCCUAAUAUUAAUUCAAAAAAGAGUCAACUAAAUACGAAUGAAGAAGAGCUAUCUGGCAAUCAGUCUUCAUCUGAAACAAAGACAUCUGUCUCUAUAGAGAACGCUAAAAAGGAGAACAGUGAAAUUGGGGAUUUGAGCUUCAAUGAAUUUGAUUUAGAUUUGCAUAAACUAGAGCCGUCUAGGAAUCGAGCUUCUAGUGACUCUGAUGACACGGAUUCUGCACCCGGGGAUAAAACAGAGCAUUUAGAUAUUAAGACGAUGGAUACAGAAGAGACCGAUUCAAGAAAGGAAACACAUGAGCAAAUGCAGUCUGGAAAUGGACUUUCUGCAGAAUCAAACAUAACAGGAGUUUAUGGACACUCAAAUAACAGUAAUAUUGUCCAUGGAGAUAGAACAGAGAGUCAAGUUAUUAAGAAUAUCAUUACAAAAGAGAGUCUCCAAAGUAGUGAAACACAAGAAACAGAGCGCCAUGGAAACGGCGCCUCUGCAGAUUUCAACAAAACAGGCAUUUUAGACGACUCGGAUAUCAAUGAUUCUAAACAUUGGAAAAAAACAGAGAGUCAAACUUCUAACAAAAUUAGUACAAUUGAGAGUCUCCCAAGUAGAGAAACACAAGAGGGGAAGCAGCAUAGAAAUGGAGAUUUUGCAGAUAACGACAAAACAUACUUUUUUAAAGACUCGGAUAACAUUGAUUCUGAGCAUGGUGAUUCUGAGCAUGGAAAUAAAACAUACAGUCAAGACAUAAACAAUAUAAAUACAAGUGAGAGUCACACAAGUAGUAAAACACAAGAAGAAAAGCAGCGUGGAACUGAGGCUUCUACAGAAAUAAGCAUUUUACAAGACUCGGAUAACAAUGAUGACAGGGAUGAAACAGACAAUCAAGAAACUAACAAUAUCAGAACAAAUGAGAGUCUUCUAAGUAGUGAAAUACAAGAAGAAAAUCAGCAUAGAAAUGGAUCUUCUGCAGAUGUCGACAAAUCAGGUCUUUUAGAUAUUAAUGAUUCUGAGCAUGGGGAUGGAAUAGAUAGUCAAGAUGUAAAAGAAAUAAAAUCAAAUGAGAAUAAUUCAAUGAAGGCUACACAAGAGUCAGAGCGACCUAGGAUUGGAGCUGUAGGAGAUUCAGACAGAAUGGGGUUAGAAUUAAAAAUGAGUUGUUCAGAGGACCAAGAGGGGAAGAAUAUGGAUUUAGAUGAGAGUCACCAAAGUGAGGAAACACCAGAGCUAAAACAGGACUCUGAAGAUACAAAGAAAACUGUAUCUAUAGAGAACGCAAAAACAGGAAAUCAUGACACGCAGGAUUUGAUAUCUCCUGAAUCUGAGAAGGUGGAGGAAGGUGUGCUAGAAGACAAUGGUGAGAGCCAAAAUACAGUGUCUAAAACGAAGUCUCAGCCAAGAAAGAAUCAAUGGAGAAGAAAGACUUAA